GGGACCUGACGAAACAGCAAAAGACCGUUUCGACCGACUUGAAGCACUCAUUGCCUGCUACCACACCGAGACCGUGGACACACCGCUGGAGCUUCAAAUCUGGUGUGAGAAGCAACUGCAGAUCCUGGUGACAUACCUGGGAGGAGGUGCAGGGAGAGCACCGCCGCCUACUGCCGCAGCAACGCCUGGCUGUACGGGAGCUGCUAGCUCGACAGAUGUCUUCGUGGUGAAUGAUUCGAUUCGGGACGAUGCGGAGCUACCGGAAUAUCGAGUCCGCAGAAUGGAGGGUGGAGAUUGGGAGCCUGCCACGGCACAAGAGGCUGCGGAGUUUAGAGCGCAUGACGAGGCAGUGGCAAUGGAGCAGGCUAUGCAGACGUCUAGGGAUGAGGAGAACUAUCAGAUGGUCGAGGCUUCGAUGCAGCAGAGCUGGGAUGACUGGGCCAUGCGCUCGGAGUUGGACCGGGGGCAACCCCUACCGAGUAGGAAGCGAAUCCGGGUGGUCCUGACAGUGGGAAGCGCAUCAGGCAGUAAGCUUGGAGGAGCGGAGGUUGUGGGCACCAUGGAGGCGGACCAAUUCCCGGUCGUCUCCUUUAGGGUCGAAGAAACCAUCCUGGGUGGUGUUGAAGGAGGGGCAGGAGUUGAGCAUGGUCCCCAAGCAACAGCGGCACACGCUGCGCCGCACCUCGCCAAGUUUGACCCGGAAUGCCUGCCGGGGCUGGGGCAGGACAUGAUCGACAUCAUGAACACGGAUGAAGUCAGACACUGGUUGCACCUCUUCUGUGAAGGGCUCACCACGACGGAUGUGAUUGCGGAGAGGUUCGGUGUUGAGGUAAGUGAAGUGUUUGAGAUGUGGGCCGCAGUCCAGCAUGACACCAAUGAGGCAGCGCGCAACUGCGGUGAACUGCUGGUGGGUCGCCUUGAUGAUGGAAAGGGAGAAGAAGGUGGGGAAGGUGCGGCUGAUGUCAGUAUUAGCUCGGAGGCGUCGGGCUCCACGUAA